CCGACCAGAGGGGAGUGGAGCCGGCAGAGGCAGGUAUAGCAGCAGUCCUGGUGGAUGCAUCAUUCUCAUUCCUCCACCAUGCCGGACUGGGUGCAUGCAGCCGUCGCGCUGCAGCUGAGAUGAGAGUCAGCAUGUCAAAGUUCGGCAUGGAGGUAUAGGCCGUGGAAUGCCCAGUGGAACCCAUUUAGCCAGGAUUAAUGCAUUUGGAGCGGAUCCAUAAAAUAUGGGCGACCUGGAGUGUGGUUUUGAGGAAAUGCAAGGGGUCAGGCUGGGAUACCUGCUCAUCCAAGGCAAGCAAAUGUUUGCUUUGUCUCAGGUCUUCACCGAGCUGCUCAAGAACAUUCCACGCACCACCGUGCACAAGCGCAUGGACCACCUGAACGUGAAGAAGCACCACUGUGACCUGGACGAGCUGCGCAAGCUCAAAGCAAUAAAUUCAAUCGCGUUUCACGCAGCCAAGUGCACUCUCAUAUCGCGGGAGGACGUGGAGGCUCUCUACGUCUCCUGCAAGACGGAGCGGGUGUUGAAGUCCGGCAGCCACAAAAGAAAGGCGGCGUCGUGCGAACCCACGGACCGCCUCGCGUCCACGGAGCUCCUCCGCGCCGACGCCGAGCUCUGGCAAGAAAAAGUUUGGUUGAGUUUACACGGCGUGCACGAAAAAGCGGCCAGGGGGAGGCGAGAGGCCAGCUGCGACUCAAAACUACCUCACUUUUACCACAAAACCCACGGACGGGAGUACCGCUCGGCCGCCAAGUCCACUCACAGACACUUUAAAAACUAUGAAACCGCCAAGUUGCAAGGGAACCGGAUGACGUUCAGCCAGAGGCACUCGUUUUUCCGUAGCGCUCCUGCAGCGGCGCUCCAGUCCACCAUGGCUGCUCAUUCCCGGCUCUCUCGCACAGCCGGCGACCUUCAACACAAAAGGAAGAGGAGGCGCGAAGGGGGCGGCGGCAGGGACGGUGUUAGACACCCCUGGAAAAGCAGACACCACCAUCACGUCCCGCCGGUGGUGCUUGUGCAACCCAAAUCCUCCAUUACGCACCGGACUGCGUUUGGUGCCUUCCAGCUCAGCCCGAACUUCUACCUUCACAACCAUCACCUCCAACCGAGCUUUCCGGACAGCAGCGACACCGAGUCUAGCACCUACUCGGACCGGGCCUACCCCGACUCGGAUUUUGGUUCCGGUUUCUCCACCAGCAGCAGCUCCGACGAAGAGGAGGAGGAGGAUGAUGAUGAAGAUGACACCCAGUCUGAUAGCACUGAGGUCAGCUCGGAUGAGGAAGAGGAGAGCUCCUCUCAUUCCGACUCCAGCUCCGUUUCCAGCCGGGUUUCGGUCCAGAGUAUCCGGUUCAGACGAGCCCGAGUUGCAAAAACCCUUAACCCAAUCAAAGCUCCUGUGGUUCUGCAGCCCACUUUUCACUACAACAACCAGCAGCAGCAUGGCGGCUCGCUACUGCAGGACCAUGCUGCCUCCACACAAGAGAAACCAUGGGAAUUUAACAAUCACUCUACAGGAUCUAUACCCAAAUUCCACUCGGUUCUUUUCACCGAGACCAAAUGGGACCGUUCAAACCGAACUUUGGAUGAACACUUAGAUACCAAGCAUGCAUCAAGCAGCACGUUAGUGUGUCCCAUCAACGAGCACAAAGACGACACAGUACGGAGAUACUGCAGCGAUGAAAGGGAGGUGAGAUCCCCUGGACUAAAACUGCAGAAAAUAAAGACCGAGGCGGAGGAGCCCUCUGUGACGGCCUCCCCCGCCCUCGAGAGCGGCUGCAAGGUAGCCAUGACGCCGCCGCUCGGUCUCCAUAAAGUGAAAUUAAAAGUGGAAGAGAGUUGCGAUGAAUAUGAACGCCAGAGCCAGCCUGCUGCAGUCAGAUGCAAAGAAGCACCGUGCAGCUCUGACGCGUCAGUGGAGGGUAGAACCUGCACGGAGAGCAAUCUCGGUGAGUCUCCGGCGUCACAAGGGCGGCUAGAUUGCAGGGCCCUGGGGAGGAAAUCCAAGCUUUCCAGGGCGCAAUCAAAACACGCCAGGGUGACCAGGACUGCCUCUUCCUCCUCCUCCUCCUGCGGCUCUCAGCCCUGCGAGGACCCCUCCAUGGAGGAUUUACCCAGCCGACGGAAACGCAUCGGCGCAAUGCCCGCAGCGUGGACCCAAAAACCGCCGUUCAGCCUGAUGGCAAACUUCCCGUUCUCGGCGUCGCUGGUUGUUGGCAGCGACGGGGAUCUGAGCCCUGCUUACUCCCUCAACUCUCUGAGGGCUGCCGGGCCUCCCCCUCCGUCUCACCCCGUGUGGAGAUGGCAGCCAGGCGGACACAUUCUCCCUCCCCCACACGCUCAAAGGACUAGCAGAUACUGAGCAGGGGGAAAACACACACACAACAAAAUCACCCCCACCCAUCCAAAAAUAAAUAAAAAUUCACAUUUUAAUUACAAACACAGUUGCAGUAAACGCCCACUGUAGACUGCGAUGCUUCUCUAGUGGAUUGGUAUUUUUUUAACUGAUACUUUUGUCCCCCUCCGACCUGUUGGAUUGUAAACUGUGCCAGGUUGUCUCUGGUUGGUGCUUUUUCUAGAGAAGAAAAGCUUUGGUGGAAUUAAAAAUCAUAUAUCAGGGUUAUUCCAUUAUGUGCCACCUUUAGACCAAGUCAGCGUUUUACAGACUUAUUCAAGUGGGUUUGGUAACGUCUGUCUAUCACAGUUAAGCCUUUAUUAGAUUUGACAGGACUUUAUUCUGUUGUGCUAGUUUGUUAUUUUUGUCCUUUUUAGGUGAUCUAUUGUUUUGUGAAGUGUAAAUAAAUACAUGGAUGGAGGCCCAUUACACGCGCCUUAUGAAGAGACAAUCAAAACAAACAAAAUGGCCGAAACUCAGUUUUUAAUCUUGGUGUGUUUUACAACUAAUUUGGACUAUAUAUGUGAAAUAUAAUGAUUUUUUUCGACCUGAAGGCCACAGAGAAACAUGUGUCACAAUUUGCGUACUUUCAUACUUAAUAAUUAGCAUUUUUUAUGUGUAAGAUGCCGAUAAAUGCGAAUAUGAACACAGCUUUAGAGCACAGGAAAGCAAUACGCACUUUGUUAUUGUUUGGGGUCCUGUGUCCGCUAGUAGGAGUUUGUGGCUUGCCUGAUUAAAAUGUAUUUUUCUUUGACGGAAGGUUAUUCUAAUAUGAGCUACCGUAUUUACUUGAAUUGCCGCAUGGCAUAUAGUAUGCGCCUGCCUUGAAUUACUAACGGGUCAAACUCGCUUCCCAAAAUAAUUAGCACAUGCUUAGUAUUACCGCCUGGUCAAACUCGUGACGUCAGGAGUGACACUUCCCCUGUCAUCAUUUUCAAAAUGGAGGAGGCUGAUUUCAAUACCGGUAAUUUAAAAUCGCAUAAAGAGAAGAAGAUUAGGAGCUAUUCAGUAGGAUUUAAGGUCCAAGCUUACAUCACACUCAAAUUUUUACUGCAUACCUUUGGUAAGUGCCGGAGUGAGAAGAGGUUUUAAAAUAAUUAGCGCAUGCUUACUUUUACCGCGUGCCUUUGUUAAGCGCAGGAGUGAGAAGAGGUUUUAAAUUAAUUAGCGCCCCGGCGGCAAUUCCAGGAAAUACGGUAAUAGGAGUUUGUGGCUUGCCUAAUGAAAAUGAUUAUUAGAUAGGGUUGAAAAUGAUUAUAUUUCAAGCUUAAAAUCUAUUAAUAAGGCGUGUCUGUAUACUGCACCAGACCUUUUGAAUUCUGCCAUGGCACACCAACCACCCACCCGAAAAAUAUGUUAGCUUUAUUUAAUAAACACCCUAAAUGUAACCUAUUGAGCGUCAAUGAAUGUAGUGACUCCAAGCUGUGCUGUGUAUAUGCACACACACUUCCAACCACCAGGAAACAUGUCAUGGUGGCUGUUUUAAGGAAAUAUGUGAGAUGUUAUAAUUCAGGACAAGUGCCUGCUAAUUGGCAGGUUUUCUAAAAAAAAAAAAAAGGGGGGGGGUUCCAAUUGAUGGCGACAAAAGGCCCCCUGGCUGAGAACGAUGUCAUUCAGAUGAUUGUAUUUAAAAUGGGUUUAAAGUGCUUUAAAUCAGCCAUGCAGUAGAUGUGUGCUCACCUAAGGGGCCAAUUUAUAGGAGCCCUGUAUUUAUAGACUGUAAACGGGCUGUUUUAGAGGAGUUGCUAUGUGGGAAAAAAAAAUACAGGGGGGAUUGCACAGUCGAGACAGGGGGUGGUGGGUUGCUGUGUUGCAAGAGCAAAGCUUUCAACCUAUAAUCCGCAUGUCAAAAGCAUAGGCUGCACGGUGGAGGAGGAAAAGGAAUAGCCUCAUGCGCUUGAAUCUGUGAGGGGUUGACAAUCCCUUACACACACACACACACACACACACACACACACACACACACACACACACACACACACACACACACACACACACACACACACACACACACACACACACACACACACGCACACACGGCCCACCACAAUGCAAAGCCACAGGGACGUAGAUGGUGGUUAUGCUCCAAACAGCACAGUAAACAAUGAAAAUAUUCCUCAUUCACAGCUUUUGAUACUUGGGGGCAUAUUUUGAGGGAGAUUGAAGUUACUGGUCUCGUUUUUAUGAAACUGAAUAUUUAUUUUUGUGAAGGUUUUCUCUCUUUUUUUGUUGUUAUUGUUGUGGUUAUACAUAUACACAUUUAUGUAUGGAACAACUGCACUCAAAAUGGAAACUUGAACAGUGGAUUUCUAUGAAGCACUUUCCUUUUUUUCUUUCUUUGUUUUGUUAUUAUUAAACAUUCAAUAAACAUGAUUGAGUGUGA